UUUAAGCGUCCCGAGUUAUAUUGAAAUUGAGUGAGAAUUAUAUACUGAUAAUUGGCACUCUAUAUCAGUUCCAAUGCGUCUUUGGCAAACCUAAGCCAUGGAAGUACACAUCAACAAAUUGCGAUGUUCAGUGCGUAGAUUCUUGGACCACCUUCAAGCGGCAUCGGCGGAGCCUCCAGAAAGCACGUUUAUUUCUCACCUACAACAGUUUACUAAAAAACAAAAAUACACAGAGAAGGACGUCGAACAGCUCUUCAGAAGUCUCGCCGAGCAAUUGACAGCCCCUGCUUACACGUUGCUGUUGGCCGUUUGCUUUAACGAACAACUGUUGCUUCUGUUGACCACAGCUCUCAGCUGCGAAGGCAAUGCUGGAACUCUGCAGUACCAACUGGAGUGUAUCGCUCUUGCAAAGCUCCUGGACUUUUCCGGGGAUGCCAGAAGGUUUUCCAAGCGUUACUUUCGUAAAAAGUCGGCCCCAUUCGAAGCAACAUCAGUGAGUAAUGGACACGCGCCGAGUAAAAAAGCAAAACAUACAAAUGCUUCCACAGAAUUAAGUGAGUUGGAGCUAAUCAAAUGCUGCUUUCAACUUCUAAAAAGCGACGCUACUUACUUCCGGGAAUUGUGGGACUGGUCGCUGUUCAUUUCGCAAUACGCCCAAAGAAGUUUCGAGUGUAAACUGACGGAGCUCUAUUACAACCACACUAUGGCGAUUCUGACAAACAUGUCAAGCGCACAACUUUAUGCACUUAAUGCAUCUAUACCUACAAAAGUGCAGCUGAAAUUUGAAGAAGAGCAGUCAGUAGCUACGCAGCUGAUACCACAAUCAGAAUUAAAAUAUUUGCCAGAGCUGGCUGAUGAAAAAGUGAUAAAGUUACAACUACCACCCAGUCAAAGAGUUACAAACAUUGAGGGGGUGCUGCUGCCCAUCUUUAACAAAGACAACCAUGAAUUUUAUGCGGCCACUGACGGUUCCUACGAUCGUAUUGUGAAGGUAGACUCUACUGUCGUUAAUUUGCGCAGCAUUGCAUUGGGAGUGUCUGCUGAUAAGCCCAUUUGUCUAUCCGGACCCGUGGGCUGUGGCAAGACCACACUCAUUGAGUAUUUGGCUAGAAAAACUGGACGGAUAUGCCCAAAACCGAAGGAAAUAAAAACACAUGAGUCUGCCAAAAAAGAAGAAGAACUAUUGAUACCGAAGAGAAAGACACCGGCUGUGAAAAAUGUAGGAGACAAACGAAAGAUUAGAGAAGUGGAAUUGGACUCACUGCUCGAUCUUGACGGUGUAGACCCGCUGACGUUGCGAAAUGGUUUUCUUCGCAUACAAUUGGGUGAUCAGACCGAUAGCAAAAUGUUACUCGGACAAUAUCGCUGCACAGAUGUGCCAGGCGAGUUCAUUUGGCUGCCAGGUGUGCUGACGCAGGCCGUCAUGCAUGGCUAUUGGCUGUUAUUGGAAGAUUUGGAUGCUGCCACCCAAGAUACCUACACAAUAUUAAGCAGUCUACUAGAACGUAAUUAUCUGAGCGUUCCCGGUUUUCGUGACUGCGUAAAAAUAGAACCAGGUUUUCAAUUAUUUGUCACAGUGCGAACUAACAAAUCGGCCAGCACCUCGAGUCAAAAAUCCUUGUUUACUCUACUGGAAAAGUAUCUAUAUACCAUUAACAUUUUGCCGCUGUCACGCAAUGAACUGUGCAAAGUGGUGAGCACCAAUUAUCCCAAACUAUCCACUGUGGCCAAUCGUGUAGUGGAUGUAUUCCUGACCUUCUCCAGCGGAGAUCACACGAGUGUCGAUAAUUUACGUCAGCAAGAAACGGGUGACAAAGCGGACACAACCGAAAAGUAUACGACGUUGCCCUUUGAGCAAGUCACCAUUUCGAGCAUGCCUAACUCGGGACGUCUGGUGUCUACACGUGAUCUCAUCAAAUUGUGUCAGCGAUCCAAUCCGCAAUUCUCAGUGACCAACGCUGAAUGUGCGUAUUUUGUCUUUCAAAAUGCUGUCGAUGUCUUCUGCUCAUAUCUCCCGCAAAGCAAGGAGAAAACUGCGCUUAUCACCAGCAUUGGUGCAAAACUGGGCAUCAUUCGUUCACGCUGCGACCACUUUGCCAACGAACAUAAGCCGGAGGUGGAGUUUGCCAACAAUCUUAUUAAAAUUGGUCGCACUACUCUGUGUGCAAAAUCAAUGGAUGAAGUGGACGAGGACGAGCAGCUAGAACCGCAGGCACUGAAGCGUCAAAAGCUCACUCAAAAAACGGAAAGAACCCUGAACAGGGGCACCAAGCAACGCACAACCUUUUCGUUUACCCGUCUGGCAUCCUGCCUCUUAGAACGCAUCGCUGUCUGCGUUUCGCACGCAGAACCAGUACUUCUGGUAGGUGAAACGGGUGUGGGUAAAACGUCAUCGGUGCAGUAUUUGGCGGAGCGAACAGAACACAAACUGGUGGUUGUGAACAUGAACAAUCAGUCAGAUGUCUCAGAUCUUGUGGGCGGCUAUAAGCCCGUGGAACUGAACUAUGUUCUGGCGCCACUGCGCUACGAGUUUGAGUAUCUGUUUGGCGAGACUUUCAAUUUGGAGAAAAACCAGGACUUCUUGCGCAUAUUUGCCACACACUUUAACAGUGGCCGCCAUACUGUUAUCAUCAAGUCUAUGCUUAACAUUUGCGCUAACGUAGGUAAGAAAACGGAUGCGAAGCUCAAAUUGUUGCUGCCGAAAUGGGAGGAGCUUCAGACAAAGCUACAAAAGCUUCAAACACAGCUGGACAAAUCUAUUAAUAUAUCGUUUGCCUUUAUACCGGGCUCAUUGGUAAAUUGCAUCAAGAAUGGAGAUUGGGUUCUACUUGAUGAGAUUAAUUUGGCUUCGGCCGAGACUCUGGAGUGUCUCUCCACCAUUCUGGAGCCAGAGGGUUCGGUUGUACUGUUGGAGCGCGGCGAUUUCACGCCCGUGAAACGUCACGCAGACUUUAGGAUUUUUGCCUGCAUGAAUCCUAAUACGGAUAUUGGGAAGAAGGACUUACCCGUGGGCAUACGCAAUCGUUUUACCGAGUUCUUUGUGGAUGAGUUGACUACCGAUGCAGACCUCAGUCUGCUCGUCGGCGAUUAUCUGAGCAAUACAGGAAUUCAACGCAAGUCGGUACAUGGAAUUGUUCAGCUGUACAAAUCGCUGAAACGUCUCUCGGAACUGCAGCUUAACGAUGGCCUGGGAAAUCGUCCUGUCUACUCUUUACGCACCUUGUGCCGCAGUCUACGCAUAUGCGCUAAGAACCUUUGCGGAUCUAUCGAACGGAAUCUGUACGAAAGCUUCUGCCUGAGUUUCCUUACUCAAUUAGAUCCGGAAUCACAUGAGUUGGUGCUGCUUCUCAUCAAAGAUGCACUGUUGCGUAACGCAAAGGCUGUACUCAUGCAAGAGCUACCGCGUUUGGGCGAUAGCUAUAUGCAAUUCGAGGGCUACUGGAUUCAGCUGGGAACACAUGAACCGCAGGAAUGCGUCCACUACAUCCUCACGGAGAGUGUGCGGAAGAAUCUUAAGGAUCUGGCGCGCAUUAUUUCGAUUGGAAAGCUGCCCGUCCUCUUGCAGGGUCCCACCAGUGCGGGCAAGACAAGUCUUAUCGAGUAUGUGGCAAAACGAAGUGGUAAUCACUGCCUUCGCAUCAAUAAUCACGAACACACAGACCUCCAGGAGUACAUUGGAACAUAUGCAGCGGAUGUGACGGGUAAAUUAACCUUCCAGGAAGGCGUGCUUGUGCAAGCCAUGCGUCGUGGCUAUUGGAUUAUUCUGGAUGAGUUGAAUUUAGCGUCCACGGACAUUCUGGAGGCACUUAAUCGCGUUCUAGACGACAAUCGGGAGUUGUUUAUUGCGGAAACCCAAACAGUUGUGAAGGCGCAUCCAAACUUCAUGUUGUUUGCCACACAAAAUCCACCAGGACUCUACGGAGGGCGCAAGACACUCUCGAGAGCAUUCAAGAAUCGCUUCAUUGAGCUGCACUUCGCGGACAUUCCACGGGGUGAGUUGGAAAUCAUUUUAGAGAAGCGUUGUCUCAUACCCGCUUCCUAUGCCAAGAAGAUGGUGCUCUGCAUGUCCGACCUGCAGAAGAACCGCAAAACCACUUCCAAAAAUGUGUUUACUCUGCGCGAUCUUUUCCGCUGGGGUAACCGGUACACCUAUGCAGAUAAAUCGCUACAAGCGAACAGCAGCUACGACUGGAAUCAGCAUCUAAUUGAGGAGGGCUAUCUCGUACUCUCGGCCAAGGUGCGCACACCCAUUGAAAUUGAUAUUAUUGAGGACACUUUAUAUCGAAACUUUAGAAAGCGUGUUAAUCUUGAACAGCUUUUCGAUGUGAACACAAAUCUGAGCAAUUCCCCAGUUACAAACAAGAUUCUCGAUGCAAUACGAAACUUUAAACAGCGCGCAGACAUUGUCUGGACGCGCAACAUGACCCGCAUGGCGGUCCUUACAGCCAAAGCCUUGCAAUUCGAUGAGCCAGUCUUGCUUGUUGGUCCAACUGGCUGUGGAAAGACAACCGUCUGUCAAUUGCUGGCCAGCAUUGCAAACGUCCAGCUGCGUAUUCUUAACUGCCACAUGCACACCGAAGGCGCUGAUUUUCUGGGUGGACUACGACCAUGUCGUGAACGCAAGACUGAUAAUAAUCAACAGAAAUUAUUCGAAUGGGCCGAUGGUCCACUCAUUUAUGCCAUGCAGGAGGGCUCGUAUUUCAUGGCCGAUGAAAUAUCACUUGCCGAAGACUCUGUUUUGGAGCGUUUGAAUUGCAUUCUAGAGCCGGAACGAACUGUAUUGCUGGCGGAAAAGGGAGGUGUAGCCGAAACGGAUCCCACUGGCGAGGAUUUCGUUGUGAAAGCAAAGUCAGGAUUCCAAUUUUUGGCUACCAUGAAUCCAGGCGGUGACUUUGGUAAAAAAGAACUUUCGCCAGCUCUGCGCAACCGCUUCACCGAAAUCUGGUGCUUGCCCUCCUCUAAUAAGGAGGAUCUGGUGGAAAUAGCCUACAACUGCAUGGGGCGCAAUGAGCUGAGCAGUAACCACAGUAUAGCAGAAUAUCUCGUGGAAAUAGUGCUCUACAUCCGCCAGUUAAAUGAAAAGUUCAAGUUCUCAGUGCGAGACGUACUGGCUUGGUCGAAUUACAUGGUCAGCAAUGCGGAUCUUAGCUUUCCAGAGCAGGCAAUUUUUGGACUGGAAACCAUUUUCCUAGAUGCUCUAGAAAUGUUACCCUACGAAUCGGAUACACAAAUCGAACGGCUCAAGGCCAAUGUUAUUGACCAUGCCAUUAAAAAAGCAGCCGUAAUAUUAAAAAUUAACUUUAAUAUUGAAGAUAUAUCUGCAAAACGUGGAAAGGAAGUUCAGCUGACCUCCGAAAAGUUUGGCAUUCAACCCUUCUUUUUGUGCGUUAAUCCCCAACGUGUUGUGGAGGCCAGCGCUAGUUUCCUUUUCGAUGCGCCCACCACCAAGCGUAACCUAUUCCGCCUGCUUUCGGCGCUGUCGUUGCGGAAACCUGUGCUGCUCGAGGGUCCGCCAGGAGUUGGCAAAACAUCAAUAGUGGAGAGCAUUGCCCAUGCUAUCGGCUAUCAGAUUGUGCGCAUAAAUUUAUGCGAACACACAGACCUUGCUGAUCUUUUCGGCACGGAUUUGCCUGCCGAAGACAAUUUACUAAAUAUUUCGAGUGACGAACAGAAUAAACUGGCUAUGGGUUCCUUUGUAUGGCGUGAUGGACCGUUGCUAGCGGCUCUCAAGGCGCCCAACACUUGGAUUCUCUUGGACGAAUUAAAUUUGGCCCCACAAUCUGUGCUCGAGGGUCUCAAUGCCGUGCUUGAUCAUCGUGGCGAAGUCUAUAUACCAGAGCUAAACAAAAGCUUUCUGCUGGGCAAUGAAACGCGCAUUUUUGCUUGCCAGAAUCCUCUGAAACAAGGAGGCGGACGCAAAGGCCUGCCGCAAUCCUUCCUCAAUCGGUUCACAAAGGUCUAUUUAAGAAAGCUUACUAAAGCGGAUCUUCUACAUGUGGUCAACGCCAAGUAUGCCAAGUACUUUGAGGAAUUAAGCCAACACUUCCAGCAAUUACUCGAUGUUCAGGAUAAUGUAACACAGAUUAAUCUCUUCGAUAUUUACAACUCAAACAUCUCUCCGGCUAAUGAAGAGGCUAUCAGAAAUAAGUUAAGCUUCGAUCUGGCUGAACGUUUAGUCAAGUUUUCAGAAAUUUUAGACUGUGGAGUAAGUAGCAUGGAGUUUGGCUACAAGGGAGGGCCUUAUGAGUUCAAUUUGCGUGACAUUUUACGCUGGUGUGAUCUACUUCAUAAUUCAGAAACGGGCUACAUAAUACGUACAUCGGAAAGACGAUCCACAUCAGAGUUUCAAAUUCAGUUUCAAGAAUUUUUGCUGACACUUUACGAGCGUAUGAAACUUGUUUACUAUCAACGAAUGCGCUCGGAGCAGGACCACCUUUUUAUUCGCAAUGCCUUUGCACGCGUUUUUAAUUGUGAUGCCGAGCAGUUGAAUGUCAUCUCAGAGGACGUGGGAUUAUAUUGGACUGCCGAUAGUGUAUAUUUAAAUGAUGUGAUCCUGCACCGGAAGCAGAAAAGUGAUGAUAAUAUGCUGGGCGUUAAGCAAAAUCAGACAAAGGCGCCUUUGCUACUUUCUUCUCAGAGGCAGCUCCUUAAGCAAAUUGUAGAGACCGUGCACAUGGAAAAGCCUUUGCUGCUUUGUGGUGCUACAGAUAGUGGGAAGACCAAGCUUAUCGAUGCUUAUUGUGUUCUUUCGAACCAAAUUUGCAAUACAGACACUAUCGACGAUUCGGUUACGGGAAGUUUCCAGCAGAUUGAUUUAAACCGCCAUUUGGAGCAAAUAUCUAGGAGUAUUGAGGCAUUGGUUUUGAGCGUUGUUCAAAACACUUUUCUCAAAAAGAUCGAGCAAGGUUUGGCCAUUCAACUAUUUAGCGCUUGGAGCAAAUUCAAUGUGAUGGCAAAACAAACAACAGAGUUCAAUGAACAAAGUGUUUCAGAAGAGCUUCAGUUGUUCAAUCGACAUCUGUGUGCACUCAACAAAAUAAUUGAUAUAUUGGAGAAAACGCCCAAAAGUUGUCGGAACGCAAACUUUCAACAGCUAUCGCAGAACAAAUCACAGCUGCUUCUACUUCAGAAAUAUAUCAGCAACACCGAUUCUUUGAACACAGGAGGGUCCUUUGAAUGGGUCGAUUCGAAAGUGGUUCAGUCGCUCAAGUUCGGUCAACACAUAUUGUUGGAGCAUGUAAACCUCUGCUCUUCAGCUGUGCUGGAUCGGCUAAAUCCAGUGUUCGAGCCGCAAGGUAGUCUGCUUAUUGCCGAGAAGGGCAUUAGUACUAACGACAGUGCAGAAGUGGUACAGAAAUCGCAGAACUUUCGUGCUUUUCUCACAAUCGAUCCCAAAAAUGGCGAAUUGUCACGUGCGAUGCGCAAUCGCUGUGUAGAAUUGGCCGUGCACAAGAACUCCUAUACGAUCGAUGAUAUGCGAGCCAUUGUCCAUAGCCAGGGAGUUCAUCAGAUAGCGGCCAUUAACUGCAUGCUGCGCAUCCAUAAAAACAUUGUUGGACUCACUGAGUUGAAUGGCUACAGCAUUUCACAUUUGACGCAACUGGGAUUCCUAAGCUCCGCCUACAACCACAUUGGAUACGAACUGUCACGCGCUAUUUAUGUGUCAGCAAUGGAGGUGUACGUCUAUUCGGCAACCACGGAUUUAUUGGGCUAUGGCCUGCCCUACUACCAAAAUAAACUACGUGAACUAGUGCUUGAGCAAACGGAAACCUAUGCCAAACAGCAAGCAAUAAAUCCUGAAGCUAAGCUAGCUAUGGAUCCCUUAAGCGAUGUGAUACUUAACUGUGGCCAUCUAACUACGCUAACUCUUAUUAAACUGCAAGCGGCGCCUCUCAAGGUGCUGCUGCAGGCACGGAAUGAGGUGCCAAAAGAGCAACUGGCAAUGCUCUUUCAAGAAAUGGAUGCCCUGCAGCUAUCACAAUUGAACGCCACACAGUUGGCACGCUUCUUUCUGUACUUAAUGUACGAAGUAUGCGCCCUUGACGAGCUUGAACUGCGACAUAUUUAUCUUCAGUCAUUACUAGGAGCAGGCACGGAUUUGCAGCAGCUAUCGGUACAACUUUACGAGUGGCUUAAGCGACAGGGAACGAAACGGUCAUCUACGCUUCCUCAGCUACCGUGGAACAGAAAACUCUUGCCACGUUUGCGUGACUAUGCUACGCAGGAACAGUCAAAGGAUAUUUCUCUUGCGCUUAGUGCAUCUCUACUUUCCCGGUUACUGCUCUGCGAAAUUCCCAAACUUCAGCUUGGCAAACUCCAACAAUUGGAUGCCCUGGAAUAUUCACAAGCUCUUCUAGCAGGAAAUGUAACCAACAAGUUUACCAAUGGGUUUCUCACGCAUCUCAGCACCUUCCUUGUGAGACUGCAGCAGCUCCUCUUCACGCAGCUAACUGCCAAUGAUGUCGUUUUUGAACUUCAUCAAUAUGCUAAACUCAUAAUCAAUUACUUAUGGUUCAAUCGUCUAUUAACGACGGCACAGCAAACACUUUUGUGCAACAAUCAGGUGAAUGUGUCGCUCAUGCACAAAUUGGUCCUGCAUUUCAAGUGGUUGGAAAAGCAUUUGCUUGGUGAGAUGCGAAAGAUUUGCGAAGAAUGUGAUUCAAAAUUGGGUGAAAGUCUGCAGGGCAUAAAAGCCUAUGUGGAAGAGACAAGACGUCCCCUAAAUGUGCUGUGCAAAAUUUACUCAAAGCAAUUCACUCAUUUCCAACCUUAUUAUAUGGAGAAUCAAAUUGCCUUGCACACAAAGUUGGAUCAACUACAGGAACAGCUCAAUGUUGUGCCUAAUUAUGGCAAAAUGGAAGUAAAAAACAUUUUGAUGAAAUUCCUGGUACUCAAAUCAGAAAAAGCACAUAAAUGGCGAGCCUACCUACGUGCCUAUACACCUGCCUGCUCCUUUAAGCCUUUUGAGAUGGGCACUCAAGAGUCAAGUACAAAUUUCAAGUUGCAAGAGUUGCUGAAAAACCUUUGUGUGGAAUUGAAAGCAAAUCAAACCGAAGUAAUUCCUAUAACUGAGACAACAGACUUAGAGUUCGAUAUAGACUCACUUUUAUCUGUGGAAAAGGGGAAAGAAGAAAAGGAGCAGGAGAGCGAGCAGACAACUCAGCUGAAACCAUACGAACUGCUUCUGGAUGCAUUGCGUGAAUAUUUGAUGUCACGUAUUUUGACGAAAUCGGCCAACAAUGAUUUCGAUAAUUUGCCAAAUGGUUCAUUUUGUGAGCAGCUCUUAACGCUAAAUGGCGACUUCUGGCAAUGUCUGAAUACGCUUAACAGUGGUGUGCAUGCCAGUAUUAGCAGCGCGUGGCGUCAAGUGUGCCGCAAACUGGAAGGCCUUGAAAGUAUUGAUCAAUAUGAAACUCUCCUGCAGGAACUACAGGGUAGUCUGAAAGGAUUAAGAACUUAUCAGCGUCAAUAUCGCAAUGCCAUGCAAUGUUACCAGCUAAACAAUUUGGCCAGGCGCCUAAGCUGUGUUCAACCAUGGGAAUCAGUGGAAAUGGAGCUAGACAGUCGCUAUAGUUACGAGGGUCCUGCAUUGGUGAAUGUUCUGCUGGCGCUAGUUUUCAGGCACGAUGGAAGUCUGAAGCCGGUACCUCUUAAUGAGCUUGACAGUUGGCGUUCCUGUUUGCGACAAACCCGUCAAUUGCUCUGGCACAAUGCAAGUUUGCUAACAAGCAGCUAUAAUACGGACAUGAACAAUGUAGGACAGGUGCGUCAGAAUAUCCAGCAUUUGCUACAGGAGCUGCAGUAUGUCCUAAAAAUAGGGAAUGAAAAGAACUCCCAAAUUGAACAAGCUAUGCAAGAAUUGCAGCUGUCUGAAAAGCACCUACAAAGCGAUCUGAAGUCACCCUUGGAUACUACAUUUGAGGCUGCAUUGAGUAAUACAUUAAUUGGAGCUGUGGAGCUAUGCCUGCUCACAUAUAUGCCACUCAUCGAUCCGGUAGAGAAGAAUCGCUGGAAGAAUCUGUAUGUAGAAGCCGACAUUCAAUGCCUAAGUAAUCUGACAACUGUCUACGAUUUCAUGCGUAUAAUCAUGAAGUACAAACACUUUGGUCAUGAGAUCUAUGAGCAAUUUAUGCAACGUUUCCAAGUAGCACGCGAACAACAACGAAAACUAUCUCAAAAAUUGGCAUUACGUCCAGAGCAAUGCCUCUAUGCAAAUCUUGUGCAGGAUGUUACACACUUCAUGCAGUCCAACUGUGAGCUGCAGACACUCGUAAAGUUUGUCAAUACUAUCAGGCAGGAGUGGAGAAAUUUCGAGCAGUUGGCCACUGACGACCAGCUUAAAUCUGGGACAGAAACUCUCAAUAAAAUUGAACUGUGGCUAGCCAAUGCACGGCGUUUUGUUCAUCACACGCUUUCGCGUUACAAUGCCUAUUAUCAGGACUUUGUGCAGCCCAUCAAGUGUGCAUUAAAUCAGAUGCGUUUUGGACUGGAACACCUAAAAGUUGUCUUCACUCAAGCCAUGCUCGCCGGCAGUGUGAAGGAGGCACAACAACUGCAGAGUCUACUAAGCGACAUGUUGGAGUUCCCAGCCGUUAAACCGCUAAUGAUCCAAAACAAUGCAAUUUAUGGACUGCUGUCGAAAUUGCAGCAUUGCGAGCUCGAAUAUUUCUCUUUGCUGAAAGCUAAGCUAAUUGAGCUGCGAAACUGCAUCUCGGUGGCGUCCACAAUUGAUGAGCCCACUUUUGCAGCCUAUGAUUUCGCAUUGCGGAUAUGCAAUCAGACUUGGCAGAAGGAGGAGGAACGUCGAAUUAAACAGCGCGAAGAAGCUGAAUCGCUAUAUGUGACCAAAACAUGCGGCGGGAUCGAGGAUGAUGAACUGGUGGAGCUUAAAGAAAUCGAAUCCAUAUUUCCAACCAAUGUAGACGAAGAUUUUGGCGAAUUCGUAACACAGCCAACCCUGGAAAAUGUCUUAAAACUUAACAAAAAGCAUAACCUAAAGGAAAAGAUAGCCCAAAUUGUUAAUGAGGAGGAUUACGCUUUUCUAGCACGCAAUUUCAUUGAAGUUAUGACAGAGCAUACGCAAGUAAGUUAUCAUCGAGGAAAUCAGACCAAUAGCUCCCUCCAGCUGCAACUGCUAGUUCCCUAUCAGGCCAGGCUGCAGGUAUGUGUAAAGCUCUAUGCGCACUUUAAAAAUGCUAUGAACGAAAGACUGGAUGAGCGGGCCUACAAUAGUUUGGCCUUUGCGCUUGCGCUCCAACAGCGCUCACUAAAUGAUAUAGUUCUGGAGGAAGCACAAAGUGGAAAUACCUAUGAUUUUUAUAAGGACUCCAAUCUGACUGAAGUGGUAGGCUGUACGAAUGUGCUCGAUCGCAUUGAAAAGCGCGUACUGGAGCAGUUAGAACUGUAUCCAGAGCAUGCUGGUCUGGCGGACAUUAAUCUGGUCAUCUCACGCAUACGUAAUCUGCCCUCCACGGCUUCUGUAGUGCGCUUUAAUACGGGCUUCCAGCUACUUCGCCAGAAAUUGGCGCUUUGGAAUGAGGUGGCGCAUAGAAAUAACAAUCUGCAGCAGGAGGAGAUCGAGGUCGCGGAGUACGUGCAACGAUGGACAAAAUUGGAGCUUCAGCACUGGCGCAAUUGCUUGAGCCGGACUGCUGAGCAAGUAGAGCAGCAGGCAUAUCGUUAUUGGUUCUUCAUCUACAAUUUACUACAACAGUUUAUCGAGCAAAAGGAAAUGGAUCAAUCAUACAGGGAUAUCAAAUACGCAGAAAAACGUUUCGUAGAUGGGGAACAUAAUGAAACCGAUACGGAAUCACGAACCAAGGUUGAGACGCCCGAGUUAAUUCGCAUUCUGCGCCAAUUUGUUGAAGCCUCCUGCUACGGGGAUUUCCAUGUGAGACUGCAGUUAUUGCACGCUUUUGAAAUGUAUGUCCAUAACGUGCUUAAAUGUCGACUUGAAGUGGAUCUGAAACCACUCAUUGCUGGCCUGCACAAUCUCCAGAUUUACUUUGCGCAAUUCGCCAGUGAAGUGCAGGAAACUAAUAAAAGCAGGCGGGCGCCCAUUGAGAAGAAAAUGCGGGAGUUUGUAAAAAUACAAAGUUACACUAAAGAUUUGAGCUAUUUCAGCAUGCGCAACAAUGUCGCCAGUGUGCAUCGCAACCUAAACAAGUUCCUAAAGGAGUAUCGAUCAUUGUUGCAAGAAAAGAUUACGGGCAUUUUUCAACCGAAAGAUGCCACGGCCAAAGAUUACAAUUUUAACAGUGACAAAGGCAAGAAUUUGCGGCAUUACAACAAAAUGAAGUACUUCAUGAUUGAUCAGCACCAUUUUCUGGCCUCAGAGAAAUUGCGUUUGAAAUAUUCGGUAGAUGAUAAGCCUACUGGAGAUAACGCAAACGCAAUACUCCAUCGUCUGGGCAAGCAUUUUGGCACAGCCCGGAACAUAGUAAAGGAAACACUGGGCAAUAUGCAAUAUGGAGAGCUGCUUAACUCCCUCGAUGAGUUGCUGGAGGAGCAACUGGAACGCUGUGAAUACUUGCGCAAUUUAAAUGUGGAUCGAAGCAAGGAGCGCGCUCAACAGAAAUUGGAAGCUAAACAAAUAUUGCAACAAAAACGCAAAGCACUCUCGGAUUUGUUCAAGACCCUCACACAACUGGGAAUUAGCUAUAAGACGGGUCUCAUGGAGCUCACGCUGCGUACUGAAUUCGAAAAUUUCCAAACGCCACCCUUCUGCAUCAAGAGCAUGUUGUGUAUGUGCAAGGAGCAACGGCUGCAUCCCAAUGCCUUGCAGCUUAACGAGCACCUAAACUUAUACUAUAUGAAAUGUGUAUUCAAACUGAAGCUAUUGCAGAACAUUAUGCUGACGCCUCUAUCCGAGUUGGGUCCACCAAAUAUUGAGCGCAUCAAAGGUUUUUCUGUUGAUUUGUUUCUUCUUGUCCAGCAGCAGCGCCACCAAUUGGCCAAUGCUACUGGACAGUUGCAUGAACUGCGAAAAUUUUUGCAAAAUCUGCGGGACAUUUUUAGCAUUAUCUCCGCCUCCAAGAACAAUACUGACGAGAUGAAUUUUGCAUACCAUCAGGAAGAAUGCUUGGCACUGAAAGAAAAAGUUUGCCGAAUAUACUUGGUGGUUAAGCAAUUUAAACUGCUGUUGGCCGGUGCGCCUGUGCAGGAGGUAGCCACCAACAUAGCCCUCGCUAACCAGAACCUGCUCUUGGUCCAAACUAGUCCACAUUUCACUGCACUCUUGCAAGUCAUCGAACAAGUGAUCAACUCAAGUCAAAACAUGCUUUCACAAUUGGAAAAAGAUAGUGUUGAUUUUAUAGCCAACUAUAGGUUGAAACACUUGGAGACCUCCUAUCAGCAAAUUGUGGGAAACUUGGAAAAGGCGGUGAGUAUGCUACACAGUUCUGAAGGCGAGCAUUUUCCGCAGGCGCAACCACUUUAUGAGCUACUUGCCCAAGUCAGUGUUGAAAAGGAUGAGGAAAAGGGGAACAAAGCACAAUCCUUGGAUUUGGAAAAUGUUGAAACAGAACUAGCCAAUAUAGCGCACAAUGUGUUGCUGGCAUUGCAAAAGAUAUUCAAAAAGCAUCCCAAGCUGGAGAACAUUUUAGAGGAUGGUCAACGUCGCAGUAGCCCCACAAAAAAACAAAACGAAAUUACUCAACUGCAGGAGCGGCAUUUGAAGCAGCGUUUGAGUGAAGAGUUAGACAAUGAUUGGCAACUAUUGGGCAUCGAUCGCAUUCUGGGCAAGGUUUCCAAUGUGUUGAUGGUGUUAAAAUAUGCCUCUGCUACCAAUGAAAAGCUGGCAUGUCUGCAAAAGGCAACAGCGUUGCUGCCACUUUUGGAGCAGUACCAAUUGCUGGCCGAUUAUUUCUUCUUGCAACAGCUGGGAACACACAAAAUAUCUGCCAAGAUGCUGUCAAUUAUGCUUACUGUGUUUGUUGAGAUCGGUAUCAAUGGCUUCUGCGUGCCCGCUGAUCUUAUGCAGGACGAGGAGGGUCAAUCCAAACAAGACUCCAAGAAGGGCGAAGGCUUUGGUCUUGAGGAUGGGUCGGGAGAGAAUGAUGCUUCAGAUAAAAUAGAAAACGAAGAUCAACUUGACGAUGCAAAGCGACCUGAAGAUCGGAAGGAUGAUGGCGAUAAACAGGAGCCCGACUGCAAGGAAGAGAAAGGUAUUGAUAUGAGUGAAGAUUUUGAUGGAAAAAUGCAAGACAUUGAAAAACCGGAGAACGAAGAGGACGAUAGUGGCGAAUCCGAAGACGAGGAGGAUCUUAAUAAAGAAAUGGGCGAAACCGAGGAUGGUGCUGAAAAACUGGACGAACAGAUUUGGGGUGACAAUGAAGAAGAAGAAAAAAAUGAGCAGGACGAAAUGAAUGAUGAGGAUCAAGGCAAGGGCACUAAAGACGAAAAGGAUGCUCAUAACGAUUUGGACACAAAAAAUGAUGCGGCCAAUGAAGAUGGAAAGGAUGAGCAUGAAAAAGAUGGGCUAGACGCCACCAACGAGCCAAACUCCGAGGAUAAACGUAAGGAACAAGCUAAGGACAUUGAUGAUAUUAGGAGUCCCGACGUGGACGAAGAGCAAACAAAUGUCUUUCACAAUGAGCUUGAGGAGCCACCAGAACCAGAGGAAAUGGACCUUGGCGAUAUGAAUAAUGUAGAUGAGGGACGCGAUGACGUUGAGGAUCAGGGUGAUGAAAAUCCGUUUGAUAUUGAUGUAAUGAAGGAAAACAACCCGCCUGAAAAUAAGGAGGACGAAGAAAAAGACAACAAUAAUGCUGAAGAAUUAGAUAACGACAUGGCCGAGAGUGAGAAUACCGAUUCAGAGGCAGAAGAAACCGGCAAGGAAACUGAGCCAGCGCAGAAUGGAAAAGAUAAUGAAAACGAAGAAUCAGCUGACGAAGAUCUCGACCAAACGGAAUCGCAAAAACGUGGCGAAUUGGAAAUUGAACAGAAUGAAGACGAGGUAACUGAACAUGAGGAGCUAGAGAAGCGUGAAGAGAAGCCUGAAGAGCAUUCACAAUCCAAGGAUAAGUCCAGCAAGGAGGAGAAUGUGCAAUCUGUGCCUGAAUCAGAUCAAAACAGCUCAGCCGAUCAAGUACAAAGUGAGAAACAGGACCAGGAUGUAAUCCAGGAUCAAAAGAUGGACGAGCAAGAUACGGGUGAAGAAAAGGACGGUGUUGGCCAAGCUGAAAACGAUAGUAACGAUGGUGGACACCAAGGCAUAGCCGAGACUAAGGAGGCCGUUUCACAGGAAGAUCGAAAAAACGAACGUCAAACUCAGGAAAAGCGCAAACAGGGACGAACUAACGAAGAGCGCACAUUGGGUGAAGCUGAGAAAAAUAAAUUGAAGCAACUAAAGACUAUAGACAAACUUAAGGAGAAUAAUGAAGUUGACGCUGACCAGAAUGAAAGUAAAGACAUAAAUGUCGAAACUGAUGAAUAUCAGCAUGUUAAGGAGCCGAAAAACAGUGACAAGACCACAUUGGAUAAUGCCACUGAAGAGCAAUCAAAACAAAUAAUGCACCAAGAAGACGAGCAGCAACAAGAUGAUAGUAAUACAGAGAAUGAAAAUACAGACGAGCUUAUGGAUAUCCAGGAUCCUAAAGAUAUUCAGGAAGAUGAUGCACAGGUGGAGAAAUUAGGCGCAGAAAAGACCGAGCAAAGGUCGGAUAAACCCUCCAAGACCGAUCAUACAAAAGAACAACAAAUGGAGAACGCUGAGGAAAUGGAAGUAGAGGGAGAGGUGGUGCCGACAAUGACAGUACCACGCAGCACAGAAACAACGGCACAUACCAACAAUGAAAUAAUAGACAAAACCACAGCGGUAGACGAGUUGACCACAGCUGAGCAAAUGGGAUUGCAUCAAAUGUACCAGCAGCAAAUCGCAACAGCCAAUGUGACGUUACCACAUCAAGAAGAUUAUGAAGCAUGGCAGUCAGUUUCCAAUCGCAUGGCUCAAAAUGCACGAGAACUGUGUGAGCAAUUGCGUCUAAUUCUCGAGCCAACAAAAUGCACGCGCCUUAAGGGCGAUUAUCGGACUGGUCGACGCAUUAAUAUGAAGAAAAUAAUACCUUAUAUAGCUUCACAAUUUCGCAAGGAUAAAAUCUGGUUAAGGCGUACAAAACCCGCUCAGCGUGACUAUAAAAUUACAAUUGCCAUUGACGAUUCGAAGUCGAUGCACCACAAUAAUUCAAAAACGCUAACACUUGAGGCCAUAUCGUUGGUUUCGCAGGCCUUGACUCUACUGGAAAGCGGUCGCCUGAGCAUCGUAUCAUUCGGAGAGUCCCCAAAAAUAAUUUUAAAUCACACGGAACAAUUUGACGGGCCACGUUUGGUCAAUGUCUUGAAUUUUGCACAAGAUAAGACCAAAAUAGCGGGUAUGCUGGAUUUUAUACGCACCGUUAACAGCGAAGAGGCAUCUCUGGGUGGCGAUAAUGGCUUAUUUGAGAAUUUACUAUUAAUAUUGAGUGAUGGUCGCAACAUAUUUAGCGAGGGCAAUCAAAAAGUAAAAAACUCUAUUAAACUGGCGCGUUUGCAGCGUAUUUUCCUCGUCUAUAUUAUAAUUGAUAAUCCGGAUAAUAAGAAUUCCAUAUUGGAUAUACAACAUGUUGAGUUGAACACUGAUGGCUCUGUCAACAUCAACUCAUAUCUGGACAGUUUUCCGUUUCCAUAUUACGUGAUCGUAAGAGACCUCAAUCAAUUGCCACUUGUUCUCAGCGAAGCCAUGCGACAAUGGUUCGAAUUGGUCAAUAGCGAACAGUAGAGUUAGGUUAAUAAACAUGCUAUAAACAUGCUAUAUGUACAUAUAUGUAUACAGAUAGAUACAGAUAAAAAGAAAACCGCUUUCGAAAAAAUUGUUUAUUGUAGCAUUUCUAAAAACAUUACCUUUAAAUACUUGACACAAUUGUAUAUCAUUUUGAUUUAUUUACAAUAUUAAAUGGAAUUUACGUUAUAA